AUGGACCACCACAAAUUUCAAUACGUGAUAUGGGAGAAAGGCGUCGGCUCGUCAUUAACGCCCUCUGCAACCUCCCGCGAACAAUCCUAUCUCGACUCCAACCGCACCGAAGUUCUUCGACUCCUCCUCAUUCUCCUAUCGAAACAGAUUUAUCUUUCCCCUUCAGCUAUUGCGCACACUCCUGCACUCUAUACGAAAUAUUUGGUGCAAAAGGUGCCGAGAAAGACGGUACUCACUCUUCUCUGCUCUCUCCUGAACACUGUUGUCAAUUCCUCUACGACACGACCUCAAGGAACCGCCACCAGCGCCUUUAGUGCUGGAAUAGCGGGUGUAGGAAAGGGACUCACAAAGGGACUCAACCAACUCCCGUAUACGCAAGCAUUAAUCGGAGAAGAUACAAAGGAAGCAUUAGUUUCCAUCGCAAGCCAGGUUCUCAUUGUGACGUUGGACUAUCAAAGCAAUGGAACUCUGACUAACUCGGUGGGUGCUUCCACAGGAGAGGCACGUAGUCCGCCUGAGGACCCUGCGUCGACUCAGCCAUCCGCAAAACGCAACCAUUUCCGCUACUUCUUAUCCAAAAUCCAUAAACCGGCUGAUUUCAACUAUUUAUUAGAAGGCAUCGUUGCUAUUCUUAGUGAGGAGAUUGGGCGGGCAGCAAGCAUUAUUGGGAUGGGUUUGGGUGCUUUACAGACCGUUGGGGUCGCCAAUUCGCCAGCGCCGUCUGCGAGAUUGGCGGAAGAGGUCGUGAUCCUAUUAUGGCAACUCUUGGAGAUAAACAAUAAAUUCCAAAAAUAUGUGAUCAACGGCGACCGGGCUGUUGACGUGAUGGCGGCACUCUUGUGUUUGCUAAUGGAAUUCAAGGAUAACUCAAAGUCCCAUGGGAUUUGCCGUGCCUUGAGCUACAUGGUCCAAUCUCUUACCGCCGAUCCCAGUUUCGGCCCGCAACUCUCGUCGGUCACGAUCAAGAUUCCGGUACCGGCUAAAUGGAAUAUUAUUGGCACGGCCACUGAUUUCUUCGUCUCGUCCAUUUAUUCCAUCAUCUCGCCCGCGGGAGUGCCGAAAGGUCAACCGCCUGGUCAAUUUUCAUCAGCAUAUCCUGCAUUGGUGAUAUCGAUCGCAAACUGCGCACCUUGCUUCAAAAACCUGAGCACCAACGCGAGUAACAAGCUCGUCCAGCUUAUUACAGCAUUUUCAGAUCCACGAAUGCUCCUUGCAGAGGAAGGAAACCCUCGCCUGGUUUAUUUCAUGCUCGAUGCGCUCAACUCAGUCCUCUAUCGGAACCCAUCACACAAUCCUCAUUUACUCUACUCAAUCGUGCGCGCUCAUAUGGUUUUCCAAGAUCUCGGGACCUUCACACUGAAGCGUGGUCUGCGUGAUGCAAAAAUGCGUCAAGAGGACGAGGAAAACACUACGCAUUCGCGCACAUCUUCCGUCUCAAGAGGGAAAAGGAUAGAGACAGGGAGUGAAUCAACGGGCGCACAUGAGGAAAAGGCUCGACUCCUCGCUGCGGAAGGUCGACGUCAGAGUGAUGUAGAAGACACUACCAACUCUCUCGAACAGUUGCGAAUUUCUUCGCCACCCCCCACGGGACCGAGUACCUGGGCAGAACAACGAAGUCCUGUUACGCCAAAUUCACCAGGGCUAUCUGAGAAGGCUCGUGGAAAGAUGAGGGAGCGGCAAGAGAGCCUCGAUAUGGACGAGUCGACUGUACAUGCAGCAGCAGUCGCAAUUGGCAAGAAUGGAUUUGUGCCGACUCAAGAAUGGGUUACCUCAUGGGUCAGAGGGUUACCACUGGAUCCCAUCAUGUUAACCGUCUCGGAGCUACUUCCAAAGAUACAAGAGAUCCAAACAUCGAUGAACAGACCGUCAACCAGUCCGGCUGUUCUCGACUUUCUACGUGUGGUCAAUCUUUCGCCUAUUCUCCCCGAGCGUCCUCCAACGUCGUCUAGACCAUUCUUGUGGACUGAUUCAUCCCUUGUUUGGACUACUUCGCUGAUAUGGGGGGAUAUCUUUGUGAAGAACAUGUCACCUCUAGGAGUCUGGAACGGGACCAAUGUCCGCUUGUUCUACAUCAAGCAGGCGCAACCAGUAAACCGCCAGCUUACAGACGCGGUUUCCAAUGUGAUGACUGGGCUGUUAGGCAGGUCAGAGAGCCCGGCGCGGACUACAUAG